UUUAAGCCGUUCUGAACAAUAAAAAAUUGAUUAAUCAUUACGUACCUAUACCAACGUAGUUGCCGAUAUCGCUCGUACCAGCAUUCCAGUUUCUGGUUUGUUAAUACGGUCCCUAAGUUUCGGGUCCCAUUAUUAUGUCAAUCGGCGACUUUUACAUCUUUUGUCUAGACCUUGUGCAGGCUAAAGUGAGCUUUAAGUGCGAGGGUUAAGGUCAGCUGUCGGUGUUCUGGUGCCAGCAAGAGUGAACGACGCGACCACACGAGCACACUACGCCCCGCGCGAUCCAACGGUGCGCACGCAUUGUGCUUGUCGCAGCAUGCAUACUUUCUGUGUAUUUACAAAGAUGUUUAAACCGACGAGUUCUGUGUACAUGUGCUUGUGAAAUAAGAAACAAACGGUCAGUUCACUCGGCCAUUCUUCGCGCGUUUUGUUUACACAACAAAGUGAAUGCGCCUCGAUUUGUGUGUGAAACUGUGAACUGUGAAACUCCAGCACCCAUGGGCUCGAGAGAAAAAAUCCACGCGAUUUGACGCGGUAAAAUGCAUCUGUACUGCUCAAGCAACCUCUUUGGGAUCGCCGAAAAAAACGACUUCAACUGGAGAACGUACACGUUCAUUUACAAGUUUUAAGUGUUUCAAGUGUUACGCAUUGUUUUGAAGUUUCAAAAUAGAACGAUUCUGCGUGGGGUUUGCCGACACCGGAACGCCUGCUCCACAUAAACCAUCAUCAUCGUGGGGUAUUUAUAAAACCAAUGUUUGUGCAGCGUUAAAAUUACAUCAGAAACCAUAUAUUGUUACGAACACCACACGUGUCCAGUUUGCCCUCGUAGAUAGUAUUGGAUUAGAACUUUCUAUAUAUAUAUAAAACGGAAUAUAGUACAGCAAAAUGAUGUGGCCUUCGUCUCAAGCUAGUAAAAUACUAACGUGUCUCUUACUAAUAAUAGUGGUAUACUGCAUUUAUAUGGAUACGUUUUUGUUUUUGCGGAUACAAAAUUACAAAAUUGACGCAUUCCAAGUCCAGGAGAAUGUGACUGUUCAGGAAUCGUCGACGCGGAAGACUGACAGGGUGCUCCCGAAUUACGAGGAUGUGAUUUGGGUGCCGUGUAAUAUAAAUCCUUUAUGCCAUCCCACGGUGAAGGGGCUAAUGGUGGACCAUAUUAACCAUUAUAUCUACGGACCUUUAAGUGCCAUAGUCGAUGUAAGUCUCAGAAUAUCUGACAAGUUGUUAUUCAUCACGCCAAAUAUGAUUUCUUUCUUCCACGUUCUCGUGGCAAUAAUCGGCGGGAAGCUCCUGACUUGCCAGAAUUUGGCAGCCCGGCGGGUCGGGAUCGUGUUAUUUCAAAUCAGAAUGUUUUUAGACGACCUUGAUGGCCAUGUGGCGAGAGAGAGAAAGCAUAUUAAAGGCGAGAGGUCAGAAGUCGGCACUUUGGGUUAUUGGGUCGAUGGGGUAUGCGAUUUGAUAGGGGUGAUUGCUAUGAUGACUGGUAUAGUAAUUUACUUGAAAAACAACCCUCCCAGGCGAGGAUACAAGGGUACUCCAGUCAGCACGCUGCCUUAUCAUCAGUUGAAAGAGAUAAAUUCCAGUGAGGAUAUAGAAAAGGACCACACUGCAGCAGAGAUAGGAAUUUCGUACAAAACUAAAGUGACCUUCCAAAGGAUAGUUCAAGUAUUAGGCUUAUUUUCCGGCCAGAUGGUUCUAUCUUCUCUAGCUUGGAAUAGAUACAUAGAUAUUUAUCAGGAUGUGCUUGAGAAUUGUACUGAAUAUGAUGUGUUCAAAAGAGAAGCUACGUUUAAAUCUGGUACGUUUUUUAUGGCGACUUUACUGUGGAGGGUUGUGAAUCCUCAUAGUUACCUCCAUCUGCUCUCUUUGGCGGUUUUCUGUGAUAAGACUUGGUGUUUCUUGAAGGCGGUGCAUUAUACAGGUUACUUAGCGUUAGUGGUCGCUGUGGGCACUUCAGAGUAUUUGGUCGAGAGCAUCAGGACGUUUGUCACGAGUGGCGUAGAUAGCUCAUGAUAGGUGUAAGUGUUGAUAAGGUGUUACACGUUGACUUAGCUCAGGGUUUCUCAAAGUGGGGUACGCGAACUCCCAUGUGCCAGACUUAAAAUUGUCCAAAAUCUAUAUCUUAAAAAGCGAAAGGUCACUGAUUGACAGACUCACUCGUUACGAAAUCUCAGAAACUACAAAUGCUAGGGGUCUCAAAUUCUGCAUGGGGGUUCCUGUUAGAACUUAGGUGCUCGCUAAGACGGGAUUUUGCAAAAUUCAACCCCUAAGGGGGUAAAACGCGAACCACGCGUACGAAGUCGCGGGCGGCCGCUAGUUACUCCUGAAGUUGACUCCAUUUGCGACAAGAAACAGUGCUUGUUUCUUCACAUUAACAUUUCUUUGGCAAUUCAUUGAAAUUAAAACCUUAUUUUUUCAAUAGUCAAUUGUAUUUUUUUUGGGGUGUUCAUUUGCUAGUUUUAAGGGGUUUGUGUAGUCGAACGUUUGAGAAACCCAGACUUAGUUGGUCAUUUUGCGUCCAUUGUUAUUUACGGAGUUAUGGGAUUCCCAACGGGUUCCCUAUUUAGCUGUUAUCGUUUCCCGGAAAGUAUACCUACAUACUGUUGGAAUUUCGGGACGAUAAAGGAAUUACAUUCGCAUUUUGAUGGGAAUGCCAUUGUUAUUAAUACAAAAGUCUAGUUUGUUAGUUAGUUAAGAUAUUGUGGUAUAUUUGGUGCCAUUAACCUAAGUGUAAAGUUCGCUCGUUAACACGUUCACAGUUCAAUCAAAUUAGUGUAAAAAGGGUGACGUUUUUAUAAUUAUAUGUAAGGAAAUAUUGAUAUAGUAAUCACCAGAUCGACUUUUAUGAAUCAGUAUCGCUUUGUAUUACAAAUAUUAAACAAAUGUAGUAUCAAUCGUAUUUGUAUGAUAACGAAAAGUGUGUUUAUAAAUCUCUCAAAAUAAAAUAUGAAAUUUUCUUCAAAUAGAAAGCUUGUUUCGAAAUAAUAAAGUUGAAAUUACUUCAUUAUUAUGGGUUACUUGAUGUGCUGUCGAUCGUAUUCAAUCCAAUGCUUU